AUGUCAGAAGCUGGCACUGUCUCUGAUGAUAACAUCUUGAGUCAGCUUGUUGGAACAAUCAGAGCCUCAUCGGCCAUUUCUGCUCAAGAUGUGGAAUUUUUUAAAAGUUUAGACCCAUCAAUAGCAGGCUCUCUGAAUCAAACUUCAUCAACAUUAUUAAACAUGAUCAAUGAUGUUAUAUUGUCGGUCGAUGAAAAUAAUGAUACAAUUGAACACGGUGAUGAGGGCCUUCAAAGCUCUUGGAAAAACAUAGGUGAGGUAAUGGACCUCUUAUUUGAGAAAUCCGAACAUGCGCUUUCGAGUUUGAACAGAAAAAACACAGCUCCUACGGGAAAUACUUUACAAUACCUCGACGACUCAACAAACGUUGGAGACAACGUUCCAAGAAAAAUCCAGAAACCUCAGAUUAAUUUUCUGAGAGCUGUCGACAACUCAGAAAGCCGUCCCUUCCAGCCUUUGCUUAAAACAAAGCCCCAUGCUUUGAAGGCUCUGGACGAGGCGCUCAUACUCACUACGGAAGAAGAGAAUGUUCCAGCCCACUAUCCUCAGCCAUACGAAUAUGAGAUUGAUAAUCAGGAAUACGAUGAGUCUGUUCUCCAAAUUAGGCCUCCAUUGCCCUCUGCGUCUUGGGAAAACUGCGAGGCUACGUGGGUCGACAACGAAGAGUCGCUCAACCAGAUGUUUGCGGCACUUUUACAAGCCAAAGAAUUGGCUAUCGACUUGGAGCACCACGAUUAUAGAUCAUAUUAUGGUAUAACAUGUUUGAUGCAGAUUAGCACACGAGAGCAAGAUUGGUUAGUUGACACAAUAGCUCUUAGAGAUAACUUAUGGAUCUUGAAUGAGGUUUUUACUAAUCCGAAAAUAAUAAAGGUUUUACACGGAGCAUUUAUGGAUAUCAUUUGGCUGCAAAGAGAUUUGGGCCUCUACAUCGUGGGUUUAUUUGACACGUAUCACGCUUCUAGGCUACUCGGAUUUCCAAAGCAUAGCCUUGCUUAUCUUUUGGAGAGAUACGCUCACUUCAAAACUUCCAAGAAAUAUCAGUUAUCGGAUUGGAGAGUUAGACCUCUUCCUAAAGCUCUCAAGGCUUAUGCCCGGGCUGACACGCAUUUCUUACUGAAUAUUUAUGAUCAACUUAGAAAUGCUCUAGUAGAACAAAGCAAGUUAGCCCAAGUUUUGCAUAAUUCGCGAAACGUUGCAAAGCGUCGUUUUGAGUAUACAACGUUCAGACCGAAAGUUACUUCAUCUACAGUGUUUUCUCCAGUGGAAAGAGAAGACCCAUGGAGAUCGUUAAUGUUCCAGUACAACAUCCCACCUGAAAGAUCUCUUUUGGUCAAGAAACUUUAUGAAUGGCGCGAUCUUGUAGCAAAGAGGGAGGAUGAAAGUCCAAGAUUUGUUGCCCCUAAUCAGCUUUUGGUUUCUCUUGUAAUGAGCGCCCCCACAGAACCUUCCAGUGUGUUAGCAGUAGGAACUUUUCUAACGGAUCACGUUAGAACUAAUGCUAAGGCUCUAGCACAGUUGAUAAAACGUACACUGAGCACUUCCAACGAUGAAUUGAUAGGUAUGACGAGCGCAGUCGAGGACAAAAAGCUGCAAAAGUUGUCCGUUAACGAAAUAGAGAGAAAUCUUGCUUAUUUCACAAAUUUUAUUGAUCACUUCACCUGUGGCGACCUUCAAGAAAGCAGGCUAGAAAAAGAAUCAGCACUUUUUGAAGGAAAACCCUUACCAGCCGAAUCGUAUGUUACCUACCAAAAGUCUCAAACGGAAAUUGUGAGUUCGCGCGAGCUGGAAAACAGGGAACUUCAGAUCAGCAGCUCCUCUGAUACUUUGGGGACCACUGAUUUGGUUGAAAUCCCAGUCCAAAACACAGAGGAUGAAAGUAAGCCAGUCUCAAACAGUGCUACAAAACAAAUCGAGAGCUCAGUGGAUCCUAUCGAGCCGUCUAAAGAAAGCAAAGACGAAGUGAUAGUCUUGAAGGAAAAGAGACGUGUUCCUAAGGAAAGCUCUAGUGCAAAAGGAGAGGAGUCGUCCCCCAAAGAGAUACUGGAUUUUAAAACCGCGAAGAAAGUACUCUCCACUUCGAACAAUACUUUUCCAAAGGGCAACAAAAAGAGAUUUGACCCCUACGCUGCUGAGCACAAUGGUCCUGAGGGUGUGAAGAGAAGAAAGAAAACGAAAGGGAUGCAGAAAUCAUUCAAAGGAUAA